UGUGUGCAACCGGCUUUAUUUGUAUCGCUGACGUUGGUCUCAAUGGUAUUUAGUGGUGUUUGCACGGUGACAAUUGCUCUUGAUUUCUUUACAUUUCAGUCCAAUUGUAAUUGAAAAAUGACGAAAGGUAUAUGACAAAAGAUUGUAAAUUUUAAAACGUCUUAAGUAUAAAUGCUAUGAAUAUCGAUCUACAUUCAUUAGAGCGGUGAGAUAGCCUCAACACUGGAUAUGACCGAGUUAUUAGGAUUUUCUAGUCACGAAAGUUUGGAAAAAAAAUCUGUGGAACGUAAUGACACUGACAAGAAGACUGUCUCUGAUUCGGGACCAGAUCCUUCGGCGCCGAUAACUAGGAAAGGAGUACUAACAUCCUUCUUAACUGGAAAACCUAUGGAAAUACCAGAACAUGAUAUUCUUGGUAAAUGUAGAUUUGUUUCUGAGUUUGAAAAGUUGAAUCGUAUUGGAGAAGGUACUUAUGGAAUUGUAUACAGAGCCAGAGAUACAAAGAAUGAUAAAGUUGUCGCAUUGAAGAAGGUAAGAAUGGAGCAUGAGAAGGAUGGACUGCCAGUAAGUGGCCUCAGGGAGAUAUCGGUCUUGCUGUCCUGUCGGCAUGAGAACAUUGUGCAUUUGAGAGAAGUGGUAGUGGGCAGAAGUUUAGAAAGCAUAUUCCUUGCAAUGGAGUAUUGCGAACAAGACUUGGCAAGUUUAUUGGACAAUAUGCAAGCACCAUUUUCCGAGAGUCAAGUCAAAUGUAUAGUAUUGCAAGUACUGAAGGGCCUCCGUUACUUGCAUCACAAUUUUAUUGUUCAUAGAGAUUUAAAAGUCUCCAAUCUUCUUAUGACUGACAAGGGCUGUGUAAAAAUUGCCGAUUUUGGACUGGCUAGAUGGUUUGGUUUACCCUUAAAGCCAAUGACACCUCGAGUUGUGACAUUGUGGUACAGAGCACCAGAAUUGCUAUUGCAAGCCAAAACACAAACGACAUCUGUAGACAUGUGGGCGGCUGGAUGCAUACUAGGAGAGUUGUUGGGUCACAAACCCUUGUUACCUGGUAGAUCAGAGAUUGCACAGCUAGAGCUAAUCGUCGACUUAUUGGGCACACCUAGUGAAGCAAUUUGGCCAGAAUUCAAUUCUUUACCGGCGCUACAGAAUUUCACGCUCAAGCAACAACCGUACAACAACUUGAAACAAAGAUUUCCAUGGCUGAGUGCUGCUGGUCUCAGAUUGUUAAAUUUCUUAUUUAUGUACGACCCGAAGAAAAGAGCGACUGCCGAAGAAUGUUUGCAAAGCAGUUAUUUCAAGGAAGCUCCGUUACCGUGCGACCCAAAACUCAUGCCUACUUUUCCACAACAUAGAAAUAUGAAAAAGACAGCAACACAGAAGGAGAGUCGUGAGCAAGAAAAUACUGUUACUGAUCAAACCAAUAAUUUGCCUGCAAUUUCAGACCUUCUUGGAUCAUUGGUUAAAAAGAGACGUGCUGAAUGAAGAAGCUGUAGAGUCUGCUGGAACGAAAAAAGUUGACCAUAACAACCUGUGUAUUCUUCGUACAUACAUACGUACAUACACAUACGUAGGUACGUACACACACAUACGUACGUAUGUACACACACGUGCGCGCGCACGCACGCACAUACACACACACACACACACACACGAAUAUCAACGUAACAAUGGAUAAACUUAUCGCUAUAAAUAUACUUGAUAUAUCAAAGUA